CAUUCGAGUGUGCAGACUGACGGCCAAGUUCCAGCCCAGAGGAGGAGAUCCAGGGGUGGGACUGAACCGAUCAUCCGCCCUGCGGGUCAGAGGAGCUCGGGUGGUACCCAGCGUUCUGUGCCACUGCCUUGGAGGGGAUCAGCCAGACACCUGUGGCGCACCUGUGGCUGCCUGCGGGGCAGAGAAAGGCCCCGACAUGUCUCAGCAAAGAUGGGUCCGACUUUCCACAGAGAAGCCAACAAGCACCGUUUACGUGCUGGGCACAGAACUCUCCCUUGAUGUCUGUGGGUCGGCCCCUGCAGGCGCUACCACUUUUCAUGUGCACAAGACACUCGGAGUCAACUAUGUUGUCCAUGAUACGAAAAUGUCAAAGAUCCCUUCUCUGGUCACCGGGUGGCCCCUGGACGUCGGGGUGGAGGUGAUUGUGACCAUGCAUAAAUCCAGCUGGAGAGUCAACGACGGGCAGGUAACAAUUUCGUAUUACCAGGCCAAUGAGGAGACACCCAUGGCCACAGCCGUGCUCCAGCUCACCUGCGUAGAGGUCUCCCUGGAUACAGAUUCAAGCCGCUCCGGAACCGUGACAAAGAGAGUUGCCGAUAAGAGGACGUGGACGUGGGGCCCGGAAGGCAAAGGAGCCAUCCUCUUGGUGAACUGCGACAGAGACAGGCCCCGGACACAGGGGCUGGACUGUCAAGAUGAAAAGGUGGAAUCGGAAGAAGACCUCAAGGACAUGUCAGUUAUGAUUCUGACAACACGAGGACCUGUUGACAUUUUCAAGAAGUACCAGCUGGUUCUCCACGUCUCAGUCUCUGAGAAGGACAAAGUGAGGGUCUUCCAGGCGCAGGAGGGGAGGGAGGUGAGCCAGUACAAGGCCGUGCUGGGGCCGAGGAACGCCUCCUGCGAGGUGAAGGGCAGCAGAGACCAAGAGGCUGUUUUCUACGUGGAAGGGCUGGCCUUCCCCGAUGUCGACUUCUCAGGACUGGUCUCCUUCCACGUCACGCUGCUAGAGAACCCGUCGAAGAAAUUUCCUGCGACUCCCAUUUUCAGCGACUCGGUGGUUUUCCGUGUUGCUCCGUGGAUAAUGACCCCCAAUACCUUGCCACCGAGAACAGUGUACGUCUGCAGCAUUAGCGACAGUGAUGAAUUUGUGGACGAGGUGCUGGAGCUUGCCGAAAGCAGAGGCUACAGCUGCUUGGUGGAAGCAGUGGAAGAGUUGCACAGAGAGAGCGAGAACCCCGGCGUGGUGACCGACGUGUGCAGGCUGGUCAGGAAGACCAACGACAGGGACUUCGUGGUGGCUGUGAGCAAGCUGGCCAGGGAGAGCAAGAACACAGACUUUGUGGGUGCUGUGAAAGAGCUGACGUGGAAAGCUGGCUGUGCUCUGACGGUCUGCGAAGGAGAGAAGAACCACGGAGAUCGCUGGAUCCAGGACGAGAUGGAGAUCGGCUACGUGCAGGCUCCCCACAAAGGGUUUCCGGUAGUCUUCGACUCCCCUAGAAACAGAGAGCUGAAGGAUUUCCCCUUUAAAGACCUCUUGGGCCCGGAUUUUGGUUAUGUGAAACGAGAGCCGGCUACUGAUCAAGUUGCCUCACAACUGGACUCCUUUGGAAACCUGGAAGUCAGCCCCCCGGUGACCGUCAAGGGCAAGCAGUACCCCCUGGGGAGAAUCCUCAUCGGCAGCUACAUCUCCAGGGCAGAAAACCGAGAGAUGUUUAAGGUCGUCCGGGACUUCCUCUUUGCCCAGCAGGUGCAGUCUCCUGUGGAGCUGGAUUCGGAUUGGCUGGUUGUGGGGCACGUGGACGAGUUCCUGACUUUUGUCCCGGCUCCUGAUCGAAAGGGUUUCCGCCUGCUCCUGGCCAGUCCCACCGCCUGCUACAAACUGCUGAAGCAGAAGGAGCAAGAGGGCUACGGAGACGCGCUCAUGUUUGAAGGGAAACUGGAUACUUGCAGUCAGGUCAAAAUAAAAAGUAUUCUGGCUGACCGAGAUUUGAAGAGCAGCAAUGAGUAUUUCCAGAAAUGCAUCGACUGGAACCGGGACAUCCUCAAGGAGGAGCUGGGGCUGACCGAGGAAGACAUCAUCGACCUCCCCCAGCUGUUUACGCCCGAGGAUCCUUCUGGCCAGGCUGCUGCGUACUUCCCCAACAUGGUGAACAUGCUCGUUCUGGAGAGGCACUUGGGCAUCCCCAAGCCAUUCGGGCCCAUGGUUAACAGACAGUGUUGCCUGGAAAAGGAAGUCCGGUGGCUGCUGGAGCCCCUGGGCUUGUCCUGCACCUUCAUCGACGACUACAAAGCCUACCACCAAAAGCACGGCGAGAUCCACUGCGGCACCAACGUCUGUCGGCAGCCUUUCUCCUUCAAGUGGUGGAACAUGACGAUGCCUUGA